AGUCGGCUGUCGCCUGGACCCGUGCUCUGUGGUCUGGUUCCGCGCUUCUUUACUUCGCGCUGCAGCUACCGCCUCCGCUACCCAUUUCCCCGGCUCUGGUCUGUGGUGCAGCCGGGACCCAAGACCAUGUCGCUGUCACGGUCAGAGGAGAUGCACCGGCUCACGGAAAAUGUCUACAAGACCAUCAUGGAGCAGUUCAACCCCAGCCUUCGCAACUUCAUCGCCAUGGGGAAGAACUAUGAGAAAGCUCUAGCAGGUGUAACCUUCGCUGCCAAAGGCUAUUUUGACGCCCUGGUGAAGAUGGGGGAGCUGGCCAGUGAGAGCCAGGGCUCUAAGGAACUCGGGGACGUUCUCUUCCAGAUGGCCGAAGUCCACAGGCAGAUCCAGAACCAGCUGGAAGAGAUGCUGAAGUCUUUUCACAAUGAACUGCUCACGCAGCUGGAGCAGAAGGUAGAGCUGGACUCCCGGUAUCUGAGUGCUGCACUGAAGAAAUACCAGACAGAGCAGAGAAGCAAAGGAGAUGCUCUGGACAAAUGCCAGGCUGAGCUGAAGAAACUCCGCAAGAAGAGCCAGGGGAGCAAAAACCCGCAGAAGUACUCGGACAAGGAACUGCAGUACAUUGACGCCAUCAGCAAUAAGCAGGGUGAGCUGGAGAACUACGUGUCAGACGGCUACAAGACGGCACUCACCGAGGAGCGCAGGAGGUUCUGUUUCCUGGUGGAGAAGCAGUGUGCCGUGGCCAAGAACUCUGCUGCCUACCACUCCAAGGGCAAAGAGCUGCUGGCCCAGAAGCUGCCACUGUGGCAGCAGGCCUGUGCCGAUCCCAACAAGAUCCCAGAUCGUGCUGUUCAGCUCAUGCAGCAGGUGGCCAGCAGCAAUGGCUCCAUCCUUCCCAGCUCUCUGUCAGCUUCCAAGUCCAACCUGGUCAUCUCGGAUCCCAUUCCUGGGGCCAAGCCCCUGCCAGUGCCCCCUGAGCUGGCGCCAUUUGUGGGGCGGAUGUCUGCUCAGGAGAACGCGCCCAUCAUGAAUGGCGUCGCAGGCCCGGACAGUGAGGACUACAACCCCUGGGCUGACCGCAAGGCUGCCCAGCCCAAAUCCCUGUCUCCCCCGCAGUCUCAGAGCAAGCUGAGCGACUCCUAUUCCAACACACUCCCUGUGCGCAAGAGUGUGACCCCGAAGAACAGCUACGCCACCACAGCUGAGAACAAGACUUUGCCACGCUCAAGCUCCAUGGCAGCUGGGCUGGAGCGCAAUGGCCGCAUGCGGGUGAAGGCCAUUUUCUCCCACGCGGCUGGCGACAACAGCACCCUGCUGAGUUUCAAGGAGGGAGACCUGAUCACCCUGCUGGUGCCCGAGGCUCGUGACGGUUGGCACUACGGCGAGAGUGAGAAGACCAAGAUGAGGGGCUGGUUUCCUUUCUCCUACACCCGGGUCUUGGACAGUGAUGGCAGUGACAGGUUGCAUAUGAGCCUGCAGCAGGGCAAGAGCAGCAGCACAGGCAACCUCUUGGACAAGGACGACCUGGCCAUCCCACCCCCCGACUAUGGCACAUCCUCCCGGGCCUUCCCCAGCCAGACCGCCGGCACCUUCAAGCAGAGGCCCUACAGUGUGGCCGUGCCCGCCUUCUCCCAGGGUCUGGAGGACUACGGAACACGGUCUGUGAGCAGGAACCCCUUCGCCAAUGUGCAGCUAAAGCCAACAGUGACGAACGACAGGUCAGCCCCACUCCUCAGCUGAUGGCCACAUCUACAGUGCCACCCUGGGCCCACCUGCAUCUUCAUGGUUAGAGGACAAGUAUCUGGCCCUCCCACUUCUUGGUGUCACCCUAUGCACGUCAGCCAGCCCUGGGCUGUAUCCCAGCUGCCUCAAGGAAGCUACCAAGCCCUGCUGGCUGUGCCGCCUUGGCAGAGAGCCAGCUCCCUGAAGGUAGAGGCCCCUGGUCCUGGCCCCUGAAGCCUUGAGCACAGGAAGACACUCCCAUCAUCCAGUGGCUAGAAGGGAGCUCAUGUACACGCUCCUGUGUGUCUAGUCAAUAAAUGAACUACCACAUCUGUGCAAAGCGUGAUCUGUAGCCUGAGGGGUGAGGGCCCCUCUCACUUGAAGAGUAAUUUGUUCUGAUCACGUAACUUCCUGUAGGUCCUGCUGCUAUGCCAAGAUCCAGGCCUGGGCCCACCCCAUGCUCUGUGGAACUCCUGCACACUCCUGCCUUGGCAGACACUGUCUCCUUGCCACCAUAGCAGUAGUUGGGGUCAUUGGCUGUGUGCAUGCUGGCCGGUAGGGAUUCUGCUCCUGGACUCUGCCCCUGGCUCUUGGGUGCCCCCCCUCAGGCUGUUUCCUGCAGGGGGCCAGUCAGCUGCUCAAAUACAAGACUUUAAAAUUUGUAUUUCCAAGUC